AUGUUCCUAAAAAUUGCUCUCCUGGCCCUGGGGCUGCUUGGUCCCGUCCGCUCGAUUCAAGUAUGCCCGGCCUCGGCGUGUCCUGCCGGCGGGGCUUGGACCGCUUGGAAGAUCAUAUCGAGCUGCACUGCGACUUGCGGUAUGAAUGGGCUUCGCGUUGAGACGCGCGAGUGCGUGUCGGAGAAGUUCGGAUGUCCUUGCAAUGGAUCAGUAUCUCGCAUAGCCGCUUGCCCGGAUCCGAUGUGCACGUUUCCAAACGCCACAUGCGCUGACGGCUUUGCCAAGAAACUGAACACAACGAGCAAAGGCUACACUUGCCAAGCGGUCAACGCCACCACAGAUGACGUGCCGAAUCCGAGCUUCACUUGCGAUAGGACCGACACUAUCCCCUGCCCGCGAGUACCAGCUGCUGGCAUCUGGUCGGCCUGGACGAACGUGGCCGGAAGCGUUUGCACAGAAACUUGCGGAAACAAGGGAACCGUUCCCCAGAUGCGCACCUGCCUGACCUCGAACGUCCAGAAUUGCACUGGUAGCGCGACCAGGACAGCGAAAUGCCCUGCACAACCUUGCCCAACAGCGCCACAAUGCCUCCUGAAUAGCCCCAUUGUAAUAUUUACGGUAGACGGUGAACGAGUGGAUCGGUGUGGAUAUGAGAUACCUGAACAGGAAACGCCAUGCUUUCCGGCUGGGUGUAAUGCGAUCACAACCACAACCACAACCACGACGACGACGACGACGACGACAAGAACACCACCCACAACCGUGACUACCACAACAACGAGAGCGCCACCCACAACCGUGGCGACGACUACGACUACCAGAGCACCACCCACAACCGUGACUACCACAACAACGAGAGCGCCACCUACUACAAGGACGCCCACAACGAAGCGAACUACAACGGAAGCUGCCACCAAUGACGGCGAGCCAACCACGAACGCAAAUUACGAUACGAGCCCGAGCAACGAUAACGAGCCAACCACCGACGUAAACUACGAUACGAGCGCGAACCCGGAUGACGAGCCAACCACGGAAGGAGACUACAAUACGGACGACAAUAUCGAGGCAACGACGACGGCACUCCAAGUCCGGGCCGACGCGGUCUGCCUCAUGGCUCCUCUCGCGAUAGGCGACUCCUUCAGUCUGAACACCACACUCACCCAGGCUAACGUGAACACAGGACCCUUCUUUUUAAACUUCGAGGUGAUGCUCUAUGGUGAGGGCGGAACAAAGAGUAACGCGACGGUCCCGAUCAUAAUGUUGACCUCGUCGGACGGCGCCUAUUCGAUUGUUUGCCCUCGAACUGGCGCAAUACCUGUCGACGAUUUUGUGGAGGAACAGAUGACGUUGACGUUUACGCGCUCUGCGGAAGACACUAUCACGAUGGUGAUUGACUCUCCAUUGCUCAAUGAAACCUGCACGGCGGGGGUAUACCCUGACUUUGUGCUGCAGUUUGUUUAUUUUGUAACGUCGAAGCCGGUAGUCUUCUCGGUCCCUACCACAAAACCUGUGAACGAUACAUGCCCGGGCUCGUCCACUACCCUAGCAUCUUUGCUUCCCAGCACCACUUCCGGCUCGGAGCUUGACCCCACCACCAACCAG